GUCCGGGCGCGCCCGACUUUUCCAGAAGACCCGGGUAGCGCCUCCAGGCCACACUGAGUCGGCUUUAGGCACUCCGCACGCCGGGUCUCCUCCUCUUCCUGUGGUGGUUAGCUAUGGCGGCCGUGAAGACCCUGAACCCCAAGGCCGAGGUAGCCAGAGCCCAGGCGGCGCUGGCGGUCAACAUCAGCGCGGCCCGGGGACUGCAGGACGUGCUGAGGACCAACUUGGGGCCUAAAGGCACCAUGAAGAUGCUUGUUUCUGGUGCUGGAGACAUCAAGCUUACUAAAGAUGGCAAUGUGCUGCUUCAUGAAAUGCAAAUUCAACACCCAACAGCCUCCUUAAUAGCCAAAGUAGCAACAGCCCAGGAUGACAUAACUGGUGAUGGUACCACUUCCAAUGUCCUAAUCAUUGGAGAACUACUGAAACAGGCGGAUCUCUACAUUUCUGAAGGUCUUCAUCCCAGAAUAAUAACAGAAGGAUUUGAAGCUGCAAAAGAAAAGGCACUUCAGUUUUUGGAACAAGUCAAAGUAAGCAAAGAAAUGGACAGAGAAACACUUAUAGAUGUGGCCAGAACAUCUCUACGUACUAAAGUGCAUGCUGAGCUUGCUGAUGUCUUAACAGAGGCUGUGGUGGAUUCCAUUUUGGCCAUUAAAAAACAAGAUGAACCUAUUGACCUCUUCAUGGUUGAGAUUAUGGAGAUGAAACAUAAAUCUGAAACUGAUACAAGCUUAAUCAGAGGUCUUGUUUUAGACCAUGGGGCGCGGCAUCCUGAUAUGAAGAAAAGAGUAGAAGAUGCAUACAUCCUCACGUGCAAUGUGUCAUUAGAAUAUGAAAAAACAGAAGUGAAUUCUGGCUUUUUUUACAAGAGUGCAGAAGAGAGAGAGAAGCUUGUAAAAGCUGAAAGAAAAUUCAUUGAAGAUAGAGUUAAAAAAAUAAUAGAACUGAAAAAGAAAGUCUGUGGUGAUUCAGAUAAAGGAUUCGUGGUUAUUAAUCAAAAGGGAAUUGACCCCUUUUCCUUAGAUGCUCUUGCAAAAGAAGGCAUAGUAGCUCUGCGGAGGGCUAAAAGGAGAAAUAUGGAAAGGCUGACUCUUGCUUGUGGUGGAGUAGCUCUAAAUUCUUUUGAUGACCUAAAUCCUGAUUGUUUGGGACAUGCAGGACUUGUCUAUGAAUAUACAUUGGGAGAAGAGAAAUUCACCUUUAUUGAGAAAUGCAACAACCCUCGCUCUGUCACAUUAUUGGUCAAAGGACCAAAUAAGCACACACUCACUCAAAUCAAAGAUGCAAUAAGAGAUGGCUUGAGGGCUGUUAAAAAUGCUAUUGAUGAUGGCUGUGUAGUUCCAGGUGCUGGUGCAGUGGAAGUGGCAAUGGCAGAAGCCUUGAUUAAAUAUAAGCCCAGUGUAAAGGGCAGGGCCCAGCUUGGAGUGCAAGCAUUUGCUGAUGCAUUGCUCAUUAUUCCCAAGGUUCUUGCUCAGAAUUCUGGUUUUGACCUUCAAGAAACACUAGUUAAAGUUCAAGCAGAACAUUCAGAAUCAGGUCAACUUGUAGGUGUGGACUUGAACACAGGUGAGCCAAUGGUAGCUGCUGAAGUAGGCAUAUGGGAUAACUAUUGUGUAAAGAAACAGCUUCUUCACUCCUGCACUGUGAUUGCCACCAACAUUCUCCUGGUUGAUGAGAUCAUGCGAGCUGGAAUGUCUUCUCUAAAAGGUUGAAUUGAAGCUUCCCUUGUGUCAUCUGUAUCAUGAAGACUACAGAGUGAUCCUAAGAAUAUAGCCAUGGAAUUUUCAUCCAAGCUUCAAAUGAUUUUCAAAAGCAUUUUCCUUUCCCAUACGAAAAAGAGAACACUGACACUCAAAUUUUGAAGUUCUGAAAUUAUAAUUGCAGUAUUUUUUUAAAUGUCAUUGCAGUGUACACCAUUAAGCAGGCUGUUUUCACCCAAUGAACAGGAUGUUUUGCUUUAGCUUCCAUGAUCUAAAAGUACCAUGUUAGACAAGUAUGUUACCUACCUUGUUAUUAAAUGUUCCUUGAAAAGCAAAUUUAAUGGUUUAAUAAUUUCUUCUAAUGGAUGUAUUUUAAUAUAUCCACUAGUUCUCCACUGUCAGGCUUGUAGGUUUUUAUGCAAAUAUAAAUAAUACUUAAAGUAACUUAAGAUUUUGAAAGCAUCCCUGUUUCUUUAGUAUUAAUUCCUGAGUAAAACUGUUGGAAUCAUUUGUUUGGACUUUUAAUGCUUUUUAAGUACUUUUGCUAAAAUGCUCCCCAGGAAAGUUGUACUGGGCAGAAAGAUGGGUGAAGUAGAGGCAAGGGAGUUGAUCAUUAUAUAUAAAUAAACUGAAAGUAUGAAGAGAGAAAACUAGAAAUAGAGGAGAUGGAAAAACACCCUUAAAGGCAUGGGGGCUAAGGGAAAGAUUUUCACAUGGACCAUAUUUUCACACCCCCGUCUGUACCUGUGCUUAUGCUGAAGGACCUGCCCAACCAUUCCAAACUCUGUAGUGUCGUCUUUUACCCAAGUUACUGUUCUCUCCCACCCGCUUCCACAAAAUUGUUUUUAUAGUUAGUUGGUAGAUCUCAUUCACAGCCCUUGAGAGUGAAGUUGUGUGCUGCAAAGCUUUGUGUUAUUGAGGACUUGGCAGUUGCCUACGGUGUGCAAUAAAUAUUAAAUUGAAACCUU